AUGUAUGGUGGAAAACAGAAGCUAAGUGGUAAACCUUUUGUUCCACCUAAUGAUACAAAAGCAGUGACCAUAGUGGAAAUAGAGAAUUUAAGACAGACUUUUGAAAUAGAAACUGGAUAUGGAGAUACAAAUGCCUGGGUAGAAUGGGUGAAAUAUACAGUAAGAAGUUUAAACAAAAGCAAUUGCUAUGCCUGUGCACAGGGGAGACCAGUAGCUCAAGUGGUCCCCUUUCCACGGUGGACAAAGGAUCCAAGUGGCAUGAGGUGCAUACUGAACCUUUAUCAAGAUAGAACAGCCUGGGGAAAUGAGAGUUGUAAUUCCCUUUCCCUCUUAUUUCCACCAAUAAAAGGCCAGGAUGUUAAAAAGCAUCCUGUGUUCUCUGCAGCCUAUGGUAACCAUACCGCAUGUCUUACAUGACAAGGUGUGGAUUCUGACAAGAUGGUAAAAGAACUGGGAACCUGUAUAGAAACAGUAGAUGUAACCACAGCAGCUGAAAAGAGGAAUUACUCCAGAAUGAGCAUUCAAAGAGCUGACUUGUGGUGGUACUGUGGGGGAAAGUUAUUAAGGCAUAUACUUCCCCCAAAUUAGGCAGGGAUCUGUGUAAUUGUUCAGUUGGCUAUCCUAUUUACCCUGGUAUUUGAAAAAGAUACGGUAAUAAAGGAAAACAAUAGAAUAAAAAGAGAUGUGUUAGGAAGCUCCUUUGAUGAUGAAGUGUACCUGGAUGCCUUUGGAGUCCCUAGAGGAGUCCCUGAUGAAUAUAAGGCUCAAAACCAGAUAGCUGCUUGGUUCAAAUCACUAUUUUGGUGUGUGACUAUAAACAAGAAUGUAGAUUAAAUCAAUUAUAUCUAUUAUAAUCAACAGAGGUUUAUCAAUUACACAAGGGAUGCUGUGAAGGGCAUAACUGCACAAUUAGAUGUCACUAAUAGAAUGACCUGGGAAAAUAGAAUGUCUUUACACAUGAUAUUGGCAGAGAGAGGGGUAUGUGUAAUGAUAGGAGGUAGGUGCUGCACUUUUAUUCCAAACUAGCUGUACCCAGCCAUGUCUAAUAAUACUGCUCCUGAUGGAACAAUUACCAGGGCUUUACAAGACCUGACCACUCUAGCAGAAGAAUUGGCUUAGAAUGAGAGAGUUGAACUAACAGGUUGGCUGGGUUCUUGGUUUGAAAAAUGGGAAGGUAUGGUAGUAUCGAUCUUUACUUCUUUAGCAGUAGUGGCAGGGGUGCUAGUAGCUCUGGGAUGUUGCAUAAUCCCCAGUGUUAGGGGACUUGUGCAAAGGUUAACAGAAACAGCAAUCUCCAAGCAAAUGCCCCUGAAACCUCCUCCCUAUAAUAAAGCUAUGCUUCUUCUUGGAGAAGAAGAAGCAGACGAAGAAAGGGAGAGAGAAAGACUUGAUCUGGACAAAGAAUGUGACAUAAUGUUGUCAAGGUUAGAAAGAUCAUGUGGAACCACCUGUUAG